AUGGAUACUUUCAAUCCACUUGAAAUUUUACGUACUAGAUAUACUACUCCCAAAUAUGCACCUUUGAAGAUGGGUGUAUUAUCUCUAUAUGUUUCAAUCUUAUGUUCUUCGAGCCCGAUUCCUAAUAAUUCAACUUCGCUGGGAGGUCUAGCUUCUUUGUCUACUUCAGGACCAAGUCUUUUGAAUCCUCAAGGAAUAAAUCCAUCUGCUCAAGGGUUUUCCACUGUAGAGACCAACAUUAACGGAAAGAAAAGCAAAUCUACUCAACCAUUCAACUCGAGUACUCCAGUCAAUCCUCAAAUGAAUGAAGAGAUUACCCCCCAACCAUUUGAUGGACUCGAAACUGAAAAGUCACCAGGUCUACCAUCCUCACCUUCUGGAUCAGGAUCAGGAAAUUACAAUUCAAUGACUGGGUCAUUUGGUGAUACCUUUGGUAACCUUGGAAAGUUGUUAGAAACUUUAUUAGGCAGUAGUUCCAUAUCAUUCCCAGGAAAUGGGAAACCUUCAAUUCAAUCUUGGUCUACAGUAGAAACCAACAUCAAUGGAAAGAAAAAUGUUACAAAGCAUCAUUAUGAUUCAAAUAACCCAGGCGGAAAACAAGAUGGGAGCAAUUCACCAGCAGGAAGCUUGAGCAUGGAACCAGAUGGAUCAUAUCCAACAAACUACCCUCAAGCUACAAACUCAUCCUCAAACAGUCUAUCAGGAACUCCAUAUACACCUUCAAACAGUCUUUCAGAAAGCUCAUAUUCCCCAUCAAAUAGCCUUUCAGAAAUUCCGUAUGGCUCGUCAAACUAUCUUUCAGGAACUCCAGAUUCACUUAACACUCAUUCGGGAAGUCCCAAUUCCCUAUCAAACAGUCCCUCAGGAUACAGCCCGAGUGGAGACGGUCCUGGUGGCAGUGGCAGCGAUAAACUCGGAAGUGACGGUGGUGGACCCGGUGGACCGGCCGCUGGCUAUGCGGCUGAUAUGAACAGUGGUAACGGUGGACUUGGAGGUAGUAAGAGUGACUAUGAAGAUGAAACAGAGAAUGAUCAAUGA